GGCCCGGGCUCAUGGCGGGCAGCGGUGGCGGUUUCUGGGUGUCGUUGGCGGCUGGCGGGAUCGCAGGAGUGUGCGUGGAUCUGAUAUUAUUCCCUCUGGAUACCAUAAAAACCAGACUGCAGAGUCCCCAGGGCUUCAAGAAGGCUGGCGGCUUUCGUGGCAUCUACGCUGGGGUCCCUUCUGCUGCUAUUGGAUCUUUCCCAAAUGCUGCUGCAUUUUUUGCCACCUAUGAAUACAUGAAAUAUGCACUCCACAGUGACUCCUCCCAGUACCUGGCUCCAGUGACGCACAUGGUGGCUGCCUCCUUUGGAGAAGUGGUUGCCUGUCUAAUACGGGUUCCUUCUGAAGUGGUAAAGCAGAGGGCUCAAGUUUCGCCUUCAUCCAGCACCUUUCAAGUGCUUUCCAAUACUUUAUAUCAAGAGGGUAUUCGAGGACUUUAUCGGGGCUAUAAAAGCACAGUAUUAAGAGAGAUUCCAUUCUCUCUGGUGCAGUUUCCCAUUUGGGAGUCUUUAAAGGAUCUCUGGUCGUGGAAGCAGGGUCACGUGGUCGAUUCUUGGCAGUCAGCGGUUUGUGGAGCUUUUGCAGGUGGGUUUGCAGCUGCAGUCACCACGCCUCUCGAUGUAGCCAAGACAAGAAUUAUGCUGGCAAAGGCUGGUUCCAGCAAUGCCAAAGGGAACGUGCUGUCUGCUCUGUACGAGGUCUGGAAGAAGAACGGCGUGUCUGGCUUGUUUGCAGGUGUCAUCCCUCGAAUGACAGCCAUCAGCCUGGGAGGCUUCAUCUUCCUCGGGACGUACGACAAAGCACGCAGCUUGCUGCUCUGAGUGGGCCCGGAGAUGCCCGUGAUCCAGCGUGAGGAUCCAUGGAUCUGCUUUUAGCAAAGAGGCCUUGUACAAACCAUCCCAGGUUGCUUGAUGCGUCCCAGCAGCUGCUCCACCACCCCAACAAUAUUUCCUCUCAGGGCAGGGGGGAGAACCCAACAAAAACCCUUAAAUAAUCCAAUUUCCCUAACUUGAAAUUCCCCUGCUGUGAAAGCAGUGAAGUCAUUGCGAGACCAUGCCAAAAAAGUAACAUUGGGGGGGUAAACAACUAAUUACCUUGGCUGCAAAAGCCAUUAUUAGGGCUCACACAGGGAAAAUGUUUCACUAACCACAAGAGUGUGGCUGCGAGAGGAUAAAACCAGGUCUCAUUAUUGGCCGAGACCUGGUUCAGCCUGUUGGUGCGGGUUUUGUGCCCCAGGACAAGUGAACAGAGCUGCAGCUGGUGCAAUUGCAAGGCCUCGCGCAGUGAUCGUCGUAGGAUUUGCUCGUUUCUGAUUUGAAACGUUUAGUCGCUGUCUGUCCCUCCAGGUGCACAUAGCAGCUCUCUUGUGUGGCAACCAGGGCAUUAGACUCAUUAAACUCGCACUUCUCCAGC